GAAGACAAAAUUUGUAGUAAACUAAAAUAAUGGAAUUUAAGAAGUAGAAGACUGCAAUAUAUUGGAAUAUUGCAAUAUAAAAUGAAGAAAAUUGGAAUAUAUUGAAAUACUCCAAUAUAAAAUGAAAAAAAUUGGAAUAUAUUGGAAUACUGCAAUAUGAAAUGAAGAAAAUUGCUAUAUAGUGGAAUAUUACAAUUUAAAAUGAUAAAUAUUGGUAUUUAAAAAGAAGAAAUUUAUAAUAGGCUAAAAUAAUACAAUUUAAGAUGGAGAAAAAAUAUAUAGUACACUAAAAUAAUGGAAUUUAAGAAGAGGAAGACUGCAAUACAUUGGAAUAUUGUAAUAUAAAAUGAAGAAAAUGGUUGCAAUACAUUGGAAUAUUGUAAUAUAAAAUGAAGAAAAUUGCAAUAUACCGGUAUAUUGCAAUAUAAAAUGAAGAAAAUUGGAUUAUAUUGGAAUAUUGCAAUAUAAAAUGAAGAAAAUUGCAAUAUAUUGGUAUAUUGCAAUAUAAAAUGACGAAAAUUGUAAUGCACUGGAAUACUGCAAUAUAAAAUGAAGAAAUUUCUAAUAGACUACAAUAAUACAAUUUAAGAUGAAGAAAGAAUUUGUAGUACACUACAGUAAUGAAAUUUAAGAAGGGGAAGACUGCAAUAUAUUGGAAUAUUGCAAUUUAAAAACAAGAAAAAUAUAAUAUACCUAAGUAAUAGAAUUCAAGAAAAAGAGAACUGCUUAAUAUACUGCAGUAUAUUAAAGUAUUGCUAUUUAAAAAGAAGUAAUUCAUAACAGGCUAAAAUAACACAAUGUACGAAGAAGAAAAUUUGUACACUGUUUUUCCAACAAUUAAACACGAAAGACAAUGUCGUUUUAGUUUUUAAAUAUUUCCAAUGCCCUUUAAAGAGUCGAAUUUUCCAAUUAUCCAGAAUUCCUGAUGAGAAAUACUCGUACAUUAUGGGAGAAUAGAGAUUAUGGGAGCAUCUCUGCUGCCUGAAGACCCCUCCUAAUGGUCGCGUGUAUCUCUGAAUUGAGUGCCCCUGCCGGAACACCUGAAUACUUAAUAAACGGAUAAAAUUAACAUUAAUAACGACUGUCUGUGACCGAUCCACAUCUUAUCCGAUGACAAACGCGUUCGACAGUCGUGCCUGACGUAUGUCUUAGGAAAGUUCCUGAAGAAGGUGGAUCGACAGUCCUCUACCUUCUUCUGCGUUAGAACUGUCAUCCGGGCAACGUGUCUUUAAUUUGUUUAAAAUACGUGAUUAAUUCACCGACCAUGGACCCGGAGGAUUACACCAACGAAUUGUCUAGGAAAGAGUCAGAGAACGAUAGCGAGGACUGCGCGCACUCGCCCAUAUUGCUGGAUCUAGACAAAAAUUCUAAGCAGCAACAAGAGGUCCUAACUCACGAAGAAAGUUCUCCGUCGAAGUUGUCGGCCGUCGACCACUAUUUGCAGGAUCAAUUAGUCAGGAACGGAUCAGAAUGUUUAGUUAGAGAAACUUCAAGCAUAGCUCGCAGGCAAUCCGCAAGAAGAACAUGGCAGGAUGGGAAUUUCGAGGAUCGCCAGCACAGCAGCGAUCGAGUGUUCGUGAUCAGAGUUCCCGAGCCAGAAGUGAUCAAUACUCAUCCCCAUUUAGAGAUCCUUCACGAAACAAACAUUAAAUCCGUACAGAGGGAACCGUCGCAGACUGAAAAAGACUACAAGAAAUCAGCAUGCGACAGAGAGAGAACAAGAAUGAGGGACAUGAAUCGCGCGUUCGAGCUGCUGCGAUCGAAGCUACCGAUUUGCAAACCGCCUGGGAAGAAACUGUCCAAGAUCGAAUCCCUUAGGCACGCGAUAACGUACAUCCGUCACUUGCAAAGUCUCCUAGAACCACAAUACAGCUACGUUCCGAACGUGCCUGAAAGAAAUUACUAUACCAGUGACGGGCCGGUUACUACGACCACGUCAUUCGACGUGCAACACCCUUCGCGAUGGGAAUCAUUCGCUUAUUAUCGUUACGAUUAUCAUGCGCCGUUCGUUGCUCCAUCGCCAUCUGCGCUACCCUCCACGGUUCAUCCUCGGGUAACAGCAGAACAGGCCGAUAGACAGUUUGUGUAUGAGACACGACAGUUGGAUAGGUGUUGAUACUAUUAACCCUUUGGCCUACAAUCACGAGUGAGACUCGUGGCAAGGAAUUUGGUCCAUAAACAAGAAACACGAGCCUGACUCGUGGUGCUUCGUUCGGAUUUCUUAACUUCCUGUUUACUAUGAGCAAUCAGGAUAUAGCGUGUAGGUCAAGGGGUUCGCGCAUGCGUCCUUUAAGGUGUCCAACCAUAGAGUAAUUUUAUAGAGAACGAGUUUGUUGUGGGAAUCCCGAAUUUCAGGCCUAUGUAAAUUAAGAAUAGUCUGUACGAAUAGAUUAUUCGAAAGUUCGAAUAAUAUCGUUCGUUUUUCUUUAUUUAAAUUGUUUUUAUUGAGAUUAAUAACGGUUUAGGGUCGAACAAACGAAAUUUUUAAUUUAAAAACACUUGAGGCCCGAUUCGGGCCCAUGUCUUUAUUGUAAAAACUUACAUUUUGUAAAUAUAUUUUUACAACAUGUAGAGAAUGUACAUAAUAGAAUUAUCUUAAUCUUAAUAGGAACAUUUGGUAGUAAUCUUU